ACCUCUUUCUCAUACCUCCACCUGUAGAGUUUAGGAGGCCGUUGCCAUGGAGCCGGCUUGGCGACAGCAGGGCAGGGGGCGUGGCCGGAGUCAGGAGGUUCAGAGUGAGAGGUCCCGCCCCCCGCAGAAGGAGAGAGAGAGGCCGGGGGGCGCUGGAGGAGGAGCUUGGGGGGGAGGGAGAGGAGGGAGGACGAUGACGAAGACUGCAACGCCACCUGAUCCUCCAAAAGCUGCGUCCGUCCAGUCGAAGUUCGACGAGAUCAGGAAGUCCAACCAGGCCGCUGCUCAGCGAUUGGUGGAGAGCCAAAUCAGCUCCUCCUCCUCAGAGGACGACGACAAUGACGAAAAUGUAGCCGUUGACCAUCAGGAUGGAAAGCGAGGGAAGAUCCUGGAGUCGACUUUCACCACCUACGCCGACCAGACGGGUGGUGAUGUCACAGGUCUGGCCAGAACAGGUCAGUAUGUCAGUGACCUGUUUCAGUCGGGAGCUCUCACCUGUCUGAUCUGCAUCGCCUCCGUCAAGAGGACACAGGCGGUGUGGAGCUGCUCCAGCUGUUUCUCUCUCUUCCACCUGCCCUGCAUUCAGAAGUGGGCCAAAGACUCGGCCUUCCUCGUCUCCUCCGUCACCGAUGACGACUUCGGUCAGAAGCAGCACCCCUGGCCCUGUCCAAAGUGUCGAGCUGAAUAUCCUCCCAGUGCGACGCCCAACAGGUACAUGUGUUACUGUGGGAAGCUGCAGGAUCCUCCAGCUGAUCCCUGGUUGUCUCCUCACUCCUGCGGCUCCGUCUGUCAGAAGGAGCUCAAACCCACCUGUGGACACAACUGCCUGCUGCUCUGUCACCCCGGUCCCUGCCCUCCGUGUCCAAAGAUGGUGUCAGUGUCCUGUCUGUGUGGAAAAGCUAAGCCCCUCCCCCGUCGCUGUAGCAACAAGGCCUGGUCAUGUCAGCAACAGUGCAACAAGUUGUUACCCUGCAAGCAGCACACCUGUACACAAUCCUGUCACACAGAGUGUUCUCCCUGUCCCAGAGUCAGUGUUCAGAAGUGUGUGUGUGGUCGAGAGCGGACAGAAAGACCCUGUGCUGCCCCCAAGUGGAACUGUCAGCAGGUGUGUGGUGCUCCUCUCUCCUGUGGUAAUCAUUCCUGUGAGGUGUUGUGUCAUGAUGGAGUUUGUCCUCCUUGUCCUCGCUCCGUCAGCAGAUCGUGUCCGUGUGGAAAGAGCAAGUCCUCUCUGCCGUGCACAGAGGAAGUGAUGCCGUGUGGUGACACGUGUGACCGCCGCCUGUCUUGUGAAAAACACACCUGUUCCAUGAGGUGUCACCGAGGGAGCUGUGAGACCUGCAGACAGGAGGUGGAGAAGGAGUGCAGGUGUGGUAAAUACAGGAAGUUGAUGCCGUGUCAUAAAGAAUACCUGUGUGACUCCAAGUGUCCAAAAACCAGGAGCUGCCAGAGACACCAGUGCAGGAGGAAGUGUUGCCCUGGUAACUGCCCUCCAUGUGAUCAGAGCUGUGGUCGAACUCUCGGCUGCCGCAACCACAAGUGUCCCUCCGGCUGUCACCCAGGUAGCUGUUACCCGUGCCCGGAGUCGGUGGAGGUCAGGUGUUCGUGCGGUGUCACCGCGUUGUCGGUCCCCUGUGGGCGAGAGAGGAGCACUAAACCGCCCCGCUGCAAGGAGCCCUGCAGGUCUCCUCCCUCCUGCCACCACCCGACCAGAGAGGCCCACAGGUGUCACCCCGGGCCCUGCCCCCCUUGCAGACUCACCUGCCUGCUGUCUCUGCCCGGCUGCAGACACACCUGUCCCCAGCCCUGCCACGACGUGGUGCUGGUCAAGUCCCAACAGGUGCAGUUAGCCGGUCCCUGGGAGCAGCCGACCGGACCGGCGUUUGUGAAGAAAGCUCUGCCGUGUCCGGCGUGUGGGGUCCCUAUACCCACGGCCUGUUUUGGAGAACACGAGGUGAGCCCCGUGCCGUGUCAUCGUCAGGGUCGUUUCUCCUGUUCACGGCCUUGUGGUCGACCGCUCACCUGUGGAAAUCACGACUGCACCAAGGAGUGUCACCUGGUUACCCAUGGCAACAAGUGUGAAGUGUGUGAGGAGGGCUGCUCUAAGCCCCGCCCCCCUGGCUGCCCCCACACCUGCGCUCGCCCCUGUCACCCCGGCAACUGCCCCACCUGCAGCCAGAUGAUCCGCCAGCGCUGCCACUGCAAGAUCAGCAUGCUCUACGUGGAGUGCACGAAGUUGACGACAGCUGAUGAACAGACGAAGGUGAAGCUGGGCUCCUGCAACAACCAGUGUCCUAAAGAGCUGGGCUGUGGUCAUCGCUGUAAGCAGGUGUGUCAUCCCGGAGAGUGUGAGGAGAAAUGUCAGCAGAGGGUGAAGCUCAGGUGUCCCUGCAGGAGGAUCAAAAAGGAGUUCCCCUGUUCACAGGCGGAUCAAUGUGUUCAGUGUGACGACACCUGCAGCGACCAGCAGAAGAAAGUCAGCCAGCUGAAGGAGGCGGAGCAGAAAGCGGCUCAAGAGGAGGAGCAGAAGAAGCUUCAGGAGGAGCUGGAGGCGUUCGAGAAGCGUCAGCAGCGAGGAGGGAGGCGGAGCAAGAAGCGGGGGAGGAGGGAGGAGGUGGACGACGAGCAAGGGAGGAUGGGGAGGUGGUGGAGGAGGUGUGCUGCCUUUGUCCUCGUCCCGCUCGGUGGUGCUCUGCUGUCCGCCGCCGCCUACUACCUCCUGACCACGCCCUCAUAAACACGUAAACAUGGCGUGAUCCUGCAGGAGGUCGACCCUUUAUCGGUUUUAAAGGUUUCAAAGGAGCGAAGGAGAUAUUACAACUUAAACAAAACAACGACUAGGGCUGCCAGCAUUAACUAGUUCCUGUUAUUUUGUCCCUUCAGGCUCUCCGUAGAUACUCGUCCUCAGUGUCUCCCUGUAGUCUCAGUGAUGUAAAAGAAGAACACUGCUGCAUCUUUGAAUGUCUCAUUUCACUCUUAACAAACUCUCAGACAGUAAUAUCCACCUGAUGACAUCACACAUUGACCUUAUGACAUCACACACUGACCUGAUGACAUCACACAUUGACCUGAUGACAUCACACAUUGACCUUAUGACAUCACACAUUGACCUUAUGACAUCACACACUGACCUGAUGACAUCACACACUGACCUGAUGACAUCACACACUGACCUUAUGACAUCACACAUUGACCUGAUGACAUCACACACUGACCUUAUGACAUCACACAUUGACCUUAUGACAUCACACAUUGACCUGAUGACAUCACACACUGACCUUUGUUACCGUUCCUUUGAGCUGUCUGACCUCACUUUGGGAUCUCUAACCACUUCCUGUUUCUGUGCUCAAUUUUUUGUCUUAAAUAUCAUGAAAGCUCCAACGAGAUUUAGUUUUCAGAAUAAUCACAAUUCAAACCCUUAAAAAAAAAUUUUCAAAGUUUAUUUUGUUUGUGAUGUUUUGACUCCAGACGUUCAACAGAAGAGAAGCUUGGGUAAAAGUUGUCCAAAUUUUAAUCCUGAACGAGGUGAAAGUAUUUCUAUGUUAAAGGUGCAGAAUCUGAAAUAAAGUGUUAAAGUCUCAAAAA